UGUGGAGGGCCUCCGCUGCGGCGGUUUGGAGAGGCGGAACUAUAUCUUCUCCUUAAUUAUCAUGUGAGGGCCUAAGAAUUUAAUGGGGGGAAAAGUGUGGAAGAGGACUAGGAUCCAAACUGGCGUAUUUCCCGACCUUCGAUGCCCUCUCGGCUCUCCCGCCAGCCGCGCUACCAGGGUGUGUCUCCCUUCCUUCAUCCCUGAAACAGCCUUUUUAACCUGUUUAAAUGAGAAUGUCCUUGGCCCAGAGAGUACUGCUCACCUGGCUGUUCACACUGCUCUUCCUCAUCAUGUUGGUGUUGAAACUGGAUGAGAAGGCACCCUGGAACUGGUUCCUCAUAUUUAUUCCAGUCUGGAUAUUUGACACUAUCCUUCUCGUCAUGCUGAUUGUGAAAAUGGCUGGACGGUGUAAGUCUGGCUUCGACCCCCGACAUGGAUCACACAAUAUUAAAAAGAAAGCCUGGUACCUCAUCGCAAUGUUACUGAAGUUAGCCUUCUGCCUCGCACUGUGUGCUAAACUGGAACACUUUACUACCAUCAAUCUCUCCUAUGUCUUCAUUCCUUUAUGGGCCUUACUGGCUGGCGCCCUAACAGAACUUGGAUAUAACGUAUUUUUUGUGAGAGACUGACCUCUGAGUACAUUGUCUCAUUUAUGUUGCUGUUCAACAAGCUCUACAGUAUUUUGAAUCUUUACAAGUUUCAAGAAUAACAGAACCAAGGGAAAAUACCAAGUGUAGUCUUAAACUACUGUAAAACAGGAUUGGUGCGGCAUGAACUUGUAGCCAACCCAAAGCUAAAUUAUUGAAUAUUCGAGUUGAUAUCUUUAUUAUCCCUGUGUAAAUAAAGCUUGUUUCUGACCUCAUUUUUCCACAUGCCUCCUCUUACCUUGUGUACAGUCAGGACUUGAUGUAAAUACAAAGUCUUUCGUUAUGUAGCUGCAUAUGCCUUUACUAGACUGUGGCUCUGUAUAAACAAAGUAAAUAUGCUUUUAAACUAUGAAGUGAAAAAUUGGUUAUGGAAAUAUUUUAGGAAUGCCAGUUCAUGUUCCAAUCAAUAGUCUUGGUGUGGCGGUUUCAUAUAGGAUGGCUCGGAGCUUUCCUACUGCUUAGGAUGAGUGAACUGCCUAUUACUGCUAUUACCGAAGUCAGGAGCCUACCUCCCACCCCAUCAGAAACCAGUUAUGCCAAUUUUUAUCUUGGAAAUCUCAGACACAGUGCCUCACUCACUCUGAAAGUGUUCAGGUUUGAGAAACUAUGUGGCUACCAUAACAAGGUCCUUAACCAGUGCCGAUAAAACCCAGGCAGCAAUACUUCUGAAAAGUUUGGAAGUGAUACAUUUCAAAUCCUGAAAAUAAAACUAUUUUGUUUGUA